UCUAAAGUGUAUAACCUAAAAACUAUAUUAAAAAAAAUAGAGAAAAAUUUUUAAAAAAUGAAUCAAAAUUUAGUGCUUGUAAUUUGUUUAUGUUUUGUAAUUAAUGUUUAUUGUGGAGAAGAGAAAGUUAAGUCAUGGAAAGACAAACGUAUCUUGGAUAUGAAUGAUGCUGAUAUGGAGAGAUUAUUCGACCAGUGGGAGGAAGAUGAAGAGCCAUUAGAACCCGAUGAGCUGCCAGAACAUUUGCGCCCGCAACCGCAAAUCGAUAUCUCACAGAUUGACGCAUCAGAUCCAGAUAAUUUGUUACGUAUGACAAAAGUCGGCAAAAGUAUUAUGAUGUUUGUUGAUUUAAAGAAAGAUCUUACAGACACUGAAGCCGACAAUAUUUUCCGUCUUUGGCAGGGAAGCUUACAAAAUAAUCAUAUUAUUGCUGAAAGGUAUCCUAUUGAACCAAAACGGGCAGUUUUUAUGUUCCGUGAAGGCUCACAAGCAGUUGAUGCCAAAAACUUCCUGAUAGAUCAACCAGAAUUGGAGCAUGUCACUCUUGAAGGACAAAUUUAUCCCGGGAAACAUUCUGCUCAAAAGAAAGAAAAAACUGAGCUGUAAAUCAGUCAUGUUAUUCAAAGUAACGCAGCUAAUUCUUCCUUAAAUCUCAUUCCGAUGUGAAAGAAUAUUUUUGAAUGAAUAAAUUAAUUUUUAAUAUAAAA